GCUCCUACGUAGUAGCCAUUCAGAUGUGUUUCACAGCUCAACCAGUUUGCACAAACACAGCUGUCAAGACCAAGUCAUGGAGUCUGUGUGCCUGUGGAGACUCCUGUUCAUAUUCCUUUGUCACUGUGCAUUACUUGGAGGUUGCGUGGUACAACUACCACUGCAGGUAGUGCCAGAAGGAAUCGAGCCAAUCAAUGGAUCUGACAUUUCUAUGGGAUGCACAAUACCCAUACAACAAUUUGGAGUGUCGUACUGUGGCAUAUACUCAAUGGAAGGUGGUGGCAGAGUUAGUUACUUAGUUGACAAUAUCUCACCUGACAUUCAAACUGGAAAUGCUAACUGGGCAGCUCGGUUGGUCACUGUGAGAAAGAAUGAACCUUCAGAACUAGUGGCCUCUAAUCAUGUGCUACUCUCAUUUGAUUUCACCCCAGCAGUCUCGCUGACUGCCAUUGAGUUGGACUUGUUUCUCUGUCCACAAUGGGACAUCGGUGCUCUAUCUGUAACUGUCUUUGCAGAUACUUUCGCAGAGUUGGUGCUAACAGCUAACUCCAUCAAAAUAGCAAACUACACUAUUCAGUCAGUUACUUCAUGUACCUCUUUAUCGACAGUCCAUGUUCCUCUGAGAGGAGAUGGAGCAGCACCCAACUACUACUACACGUGGCACCUGGUGUUAGCACUAUCAACUGAGUGGGUCCAUGUUGGGGAAGUGCGCUUUCUAGACACAGCAGCAAGUGGACCAACAGCGGAACCAACAGAGGAAUCGACAGAGGAACCGACAAUGAAAAAUUAGCUCUAGCCCUGGGCCUGCCUCACCAUUGAGGGCACAAGCUGAGCAGAUAAACAUUCAGGCUUUGUGAUCUUGACCAGUUCCUCUUGUUACGAAACAGACACCUUGUCAUGUGGCGUUGUCUUGUUCCAUCAACAACCCUUCAGAACACGGACAACAGUGAAUCGAACAGAAUAGGUUUAAGCUUGAAU